AUGGUAGUCGCCACGUUGUACACGUGGCAAGCCGACCCGCUCUUCCUAGCGGCUGAGGAGGUGCAAGACUCGGCAGACAGGCUGCAGUCGAGCUUCCACCAAUGGCAGCUUCUCCUCCAGCGCCGAGAAUGCGGAGACGAACCCGCCACGUGGCAAACGCACCCAGAAAACGACAACGACGGCGACUCCAUCUGGCCGGUGCGGUCCGGCGACGACGAGGACGUGGUGGUUGUGACCGUUGAUCAGCAAGUCGACGAGGAAGGCGUGCGACUCGUGAUGCUCUGCGCGUGCGACACGCUGCGCUGGCAGCUCGAAGCCUUCGAGCGCGCGGCGCGAGACGACGAGUGGCGCGCCGAGGCGCUAGGCCAGGCGCCAUCCAGCGUGAACGAGACUCGCGAGCGGCGCCGCCAGUUCGUCUCCGCGAUUCGCAUGCAGCUGCAGCAGGUGCAGGCCGUCAUCCGCCCCGCGAUCGGCGCCUCCUCGGCUGCCGCAGAUACAGCCGUCGCGUCCGGGUCUUCGGUCGGAAGUAGUAGCGCGGUUAGCGGCGUGGAUUCCGGUGGAAUAACAGUCGCUUUUCCGUCCGGUUUGGCAGCGGCCGCUUCUAACGCGUCUAGCCGAGCAGCAGCAGCAGCUGUUGCUUCUACUGAAACUGAUGCAGGUGCUGCUGGUGCAGUGGCCGCAGCAGCAGCGGCUGCAGGCGCGGCGGCAGGCGCAGCGGCAGGAGCAGCAGCGGCGGCAGCUGGCGCAGCGGCAGGCGCAGCAGCAGGCGCAGCGGUAGCCGCCUUUUCCUCCUCCGCCUCCGCCGUGUCCUCCUUUAGCCGUUGGAUCGCCGGCAGCCCUACCAGAGCCCUAGAUGCCAGCGGCAAUGCUGACGUGGCGGCUGACGAUUGGCUGCGGGUCCGGCAGGAAGCGAUUAGGGUUUCACUCAGUGACGAAGACGAGGACAUCGCCAGCCUUAGUGCAUGUGCUAUUAACGGGUCCUCUGGUGCUACUGGGGCGUUUGAGACACCGGGGGAAGGUGGAGCAGCAGGAGGGGGAGCGGGCGGGGUGGCUGGUAAGGGGGGGUAUGGCGAGAAGGAGACGAUGGGUUCGGGGAGGCUGCUGCUCGACGGACGUGUGGACAUGGCCGAAAUGGAACUGGGUCUUCUGCAAUUAAACAACAGCCAGGUCGCUCAGAUGAACGCCCAUUGGCCGGCUCAACGGCUAGCAGAGGAAGAAGAGGAGGAUGAUCAACGGCAGGGAUCUGCUCACGAUGACGACGCAGGCGAGAAUCAACGGCUGGUUUUUGGCUGGCAGCUGUCGCUGCACCGAAAGAAGCGACGGUCGAGAUCAAAAGCUGGAGGGAAAGGGGGAGUAGGGGAGUCUGAUGGGGAGGAGAGUGAGGGAGGAGUAACGGUGCUGAUGGGUUUGAAUGGCAGAGAGCUAGUAACGGCGCUUGUGGCGAUAGUGGGAAUCAUUCUCCUGAUACUGCUGCUGCUGUCAUGGUGUGGAGUAGGGGGGUCAGCACAACAAGCAAGCAGUUCUCCGUCCCUGCCUCCUCCGAAUGAUUAA